AUGUCCGUACCCAGCACAGGAUUGAGCAAGUUAAAGAAGAAACAUAUUCGUGUUAAACAUCAAAAAGUGAAAUUGUUUCGUGCUAAUGAACCGUUACUAUCCGUUUUUAUGUGGGGAGUUAAUCAUACGAUUAAUGAACUAAGCCAUGUUACUAUACCAGUUAUGCUACUGCCGGAUGAUUUUCGAGCAUAUUCAAAGCUCAAAGUUGACAAUCACUUAUUUAAUAAAGAAAACAUGCCAUCCCAUUUUAAAGUAAAAGAAUACUGUCCACUGGUAUUCAGGAAUCUUCGAGAGAGAUUUGGGAUCGACGAUCUUGACUACAAGGAGUCACUCACAAGAUCUCAGCCGAUUCCGGACGACUCGUCCGGCAAAUCGGGCGCCAAGUUCUACCAGAGCUAUGACCGCUUGUUCAUUCUCAAGACCCUUACAUCGGAGGAGGUGGAGAGGAUGCACUCAUUCCUCAAGCAUUAUCACCCAUACAUUGUCGAGCGACACGGAAAGACCCUGCUACCGCAGUACCUCGGUAUGUACCGGUUGACGGUAGACGGCAUUGAGCACUACCUCGUCGCCACGAGGAAUGUCUUCUCCAACCACCUCAAUAUACACAGGAAGUACGAUUUGAAGGGAUCGACGGUGGACCGCGAGGCGUCCGAGAAAGAGCUGGAAAAGGAACUGCCCACUCUCAAGGAUAACGAUUUCAUAAAGCAAGGCGUCAGGAUUGACAUCGGUGACGCCGCUAAAGAAAAGCUACUCGAGACUCUCACCGCUGACGUGGAGUUCCUAACGAAACUCCAUCUGAUGGACUACUCGCUGCUGCUGGGCGUGCACGAGUGCGGGCGCGGCGAGGCCGAGGCGGAGGCGGCGCGCCAGCGCGAGGCCGAGGCCGACAGCGAGCCCGACUCCGACACCGACAGCGACACCGACAACCGCCACCACGCCGACAGGUGGGGCUACAACACGCCACCCGACAGUCCGCGCGGCUUCAAUCGCCAGUCUUCGCUCCGCUACGAGGGCAUUAUACCGGAACUCGAUAUAUACGCGAUUCCCAGCCAGGAGGGUGCACCUAAAAAGGAGAUAUAUUUCGUCGCUCUAAUCGAUGUCCUGACGCACUACGGUGUUAAGAAACAGGCGGCAAAAGCAGCGAAAACAGUGAAGUACGGAAGCAACGUUGACGGGAUAUCGACCUGCGACCCCGAGCAGUACGGCAAACGAUUCAUAGAGUUCGUUGCUAAAGCGAUCGAAGGCAAUUAG